AUGAAGCCUGUCGUGAACAUGAUGGGAGCUAUGCUCCUCACCUUGGCUCUCCCUGUCCUGGGCCAGCAGUCCCUCUAUGGCCAAUGCGGUGGCAUUGGCUGGAAUGGCCCUACGCAGUGUGCAGCCGGUGCAUGCUGCAGCUAUCAAAAUCCUUAUUACUCCCAGUGUUUGCCAGGGAACUGCACGCCGAGUACGACCACGACUCUGGUGACUACCACGACUACGUCCACUACAACCAGUUCCUCGGCUGCCUCGACAGGCCUCUCCCAGGGAUGCGGCAAGUCUCCGACGCUGAGCAGCGGAACGUACACCACCACCGUGAACGGCGUCCAGCGCCAGUACAUCCUGACACUUCCGCCCAACUAUGACCGCAACCGACCCUAUAAGCUCAUCUUCGGUUACCACUGGCUGAGCGGGACGAUGCAGGAUGUCGUAGGAGGAUCGUACUACGGGGUGCAGCCGCUAGCCAACGGCGCCGCCAUUUUUGUGGCCCCUCAGGGGCUGAACAAUGGCUGGGCCAAUAGCGGCGGGGCCGAUAUCACCUUCACCGACCAGAUGCUGGCAACUCUCAAGACGAAUCUUUGCAUCGAUGAAAAUCAGAUCUACUCGAUGGGAUGGAGCUACGGCGGGUCUAUGUCUUACGCGCUUGCCUGUGCUCGUCCAGACGUCUUCCGCGGGGUUGCCGUCAUGUCCGGAGCAAACCUCAGUGGGUGCAGCCCUGGUACACAGCCAGUGGCAUACUAUGCCCAGCAUGGGGUCUCGGACUCGGUUCUUCCCAUCGCCCUUGGCCGCCAGAUUCGAGACACCUUUGUGACUGAUAAUCACUGCAACCCGCAGAACCCCCCGGAGCCCGCAGCGGGAAGUGGAACCCAUAUCAAAACUGUGUAUUCUGGGUGCUCGGCCGGCCAUCCGGUCUGGUGGAUUGCCUUUGACGGUCCGCAUGAACCCUUGGCGACUGAUGCCGGGGCAAGCGCUUCGUGGACUCCGGGCCAAAUUUGGAGCUUCAUUUCGCAGUUUAACUAG